AAUACGCAGAACCACUGCAGUGCCAGGCAAUAGAGCGGCAAAUCGUCAAACACCUGAGCUGCAAAAAAUGAAAUUGAAAUCUCAAAAGCUCAUGGCGCCAUCAUCACUGUAAGGAACCAAGUCACCGCCGCCGAUUUCUGGAGUUCCAAUUAUCACCAUGUUCGGCACUCCAUCCUCUACUCCGGCGUUCGGCACCCCGUCCUCAACUCCGGCGUUCGGCACUCCGUCCACCCCAGCGUUCGGAACUCCCUCCUCAGCGUUCGGAACUCCCUCCUCCACUCCGUUGUUCGGUGCUCCAUCAUCUUCGACUCAGGCGUUCGCCACUCCGUCCACCUCCUCGUUCGCUACUGGAUUCGAGUCUUCUCUCUUCUCCACGCCAUUUUCUGCGCAGCCUCAACAGCAACAGCAGCAGCAACAACAACAACAACAACAGCAGCAGGCGUCCCUCUUCCAGCAGCCGAGUUCUGGUUUCGGAUUCCAGACUCAGUUCCCCGCUCAGCAGCCUACGCCAUUCCCCAAUGCUCAAUUGACGACUCAGAUGGCCCCCGUGGCCCCGCUCCCUUUCUCCCUUGCUGAUCGUGAUAUUCAGGCAAUCGUGGAUGCUUAUAAGGAGGAGGCUGGGAACCCUAAAUAUGGUUUCAAGUAUUUGUUGUUCAGUGUUACGGAUCCACAGCUCAGAGUCAAGCCUGCCACAGUAUCAGAUAUUAUGUGGGCGGAGGCUAUGGGGAAGUUAGAAGGGAUGGAAAGUAGAGACCGGGAGCGUCUAUGGCCUCAACUUGCUCAAGGUUUCAAAGAUCUGUCAAACCGCCUCAAGCUUCAAGAUGAAGUCAUUGUUUCAGAUUCUGAGAGAUUGCGAACGACCCAAAGCAAUGUGAAAACGCUUCAACGGCAUAUUCAAGCAGAGACUCUUCCGUGGAUUGAUAGGCUGAGACAAAAAGAGCAAAGCCUUCAUAGGCGCCUUCUAAGGACAAUGCGGAUACUUGAAGCUUUGGAGAGCAAGGGUUGCCGAUUGCCCCUAACGAAAGGGGAAGCAGAGUUGGCAGAGAAGCUAGCUUCUACAAUUAGACAGCUGAAAGGUCCUGGAGCAGAACUCGGCAGGAGUAUCCAAAGCUUACUCACUUUCUCUCGUGCGCAAGCAAAUGGAAUUGGUCCAGGAGCUUCUGCUUAUCUCCCUGGCUCAACGAAGAUUGACGAGCAAAGUCUAGCCGAUAUGCAAGAAGUCUUACAACAGCAGACAGAGGCUAUCGGAAGGCUUGGGAAUGUGCUGAAGCGAGACAUCAGAGACAUCGAAAUUAUGAUGGUCGAGGACACUGAAAUGGGCGAUGGUUAAGCGGAGACCAUGACUGAGGGAGAUGAAGAUGGCAAUACGAUUAUUGAUGACCUGUUGUUGCGGCUACUUUACCUGUUGGCUCUAAUCCAAGAGAUAUGGUUUGGCAGAGGUUUGCAGGUCACAUAUUCCUUUUAUGUUGUUCAAAAACCUUCUCUGGUAUGAAAUAUUCUAAAAGAACUAUGACAGCAUUGUUAUUUGGCACCGGAUUUGGCUAAAAAUCGACCUAAUCGUAGCUACAUAUGUGAAGUGUGAUGGUAUCAAAAGAAAGCCAUAGGGUUAGCAUCCCAAAGAACUCAGAUGCUUCCAGUCCAACUCUUUUACAAUGGUUGACAUUUUGUGCCUCUUUCACAUUGGUUAUUUAGUAUGACCGGAGUCUGAUUUUUACUCGUUCAUUAUGCUGAAUGUGCAUUUUGGACGAAUGCUCGAAAUACUUCCCAUAUGGCGAAUCGUAUUCGAAU